AUGCAAUUUGUGAACCAUUGUUUUUUUCUUUUACUUUCAAAACUCCAAAUCGAGUUUGUUUUUUGGUUUAUGUUUGCAACUUGUUUGCUUUUUAGGCUAAUUUCAGUUGUAUCUUUAUGGGGUUACCUAUCAGAGAGAGAUUGCUUUCCUUUGAAAUCUAACUACACAUCUUUAUUUUUUUGUCCCUCAGGAAAUGAAUUCAUUGUACAAUGGUCUAAUGUAUUCCUUCAUGACAAUCCUGAAGGUAAUAAUUGAAUGAAUUACAAUCCUUUGACCAAUUUCAUCCCUGCUGUUUACAGCUGUAUUUGCAACCAACAGGUGCAUGGUGUUGAAUAGUUUAUUGGGCUCUGGAUCAAAAUGUCUAGAUUUGAGCCCUUGGUAGGGUCAUGCUUAUAUUUUAUUCAGCAAACUCUCUCCUACAUCAUCAUACAUGUACCUCUCUCUGCCCAGGAGUACAAAUGUGAAGUGAAGAACCUUGAAGGGUAACUGGUGAUGAGCUUAUCUUCCCUCUUGAGCAGAAUCAAUUCUUUUAACUGCUCACUGAAUGUUCAAGUGUCACUAAACAAUAAAUGAAACCUUUGAAUGAAAAAAGAUUAAAAUAUCUCUAUGUUGUUAACUUUUUUCUUUUUCUUUUUGUUAUAGCUGGGGGCUUCACAUUUCAGUGCAUGCUUAAUAGGACUGGUGAAAUUGUUUUUUCCUAUCACAAAGUAAUGAGCUACAUGUUUUAAAGUUAAUCAUGUAUACUUUAUUGCCAAUUAUAACAAUCAAUUUAGCGAGGGCAACAAGUGCCCUGAUUUAAGAUUCUUAUUUUUGCAUAUGGUGAUAACAUGUGUCAUUUCUUUUCUUACCAAAAAUUAAUAUUGAAAUUUAUUGUUUUUGUUUUGCUGGUAAUGUGAUAUGAAGUUCCUGAGUCUCAAAAUUUCAAGGUCUGGUCCCUUUUUCAAAACAGUUUUAUAUAAUAUUAUAUUCUUUGGCUUUAGAAUAGAGGUUUGUAAAUUCAAAGGUUAUAAAUUGUAGGCAAUAUAUUCCACUCAAGGGUGCUGAAUGUACCUUUGCUGAAAUAGAACUGCAAGUCCACUUCACUUGCUCUUUCUAUGUGAGACUAUGUCAUAUGUAUAUGAACAAUAUCAUAUCUUUACAGAUUGGUGAAGGAUUUCACUCUGUUGUAUGUUGUUGUUGUCGUUUUUUUUCCACCAUUAGAUUCCAAUUCCAGUGGCCAAUAUUUCCAGUGUUGAGCACUCAGUCAAUAUUGGGAUAUCAGAUGCUUAUUAUGUGGACAAACUGAGACACUACUAUGGCAUUUGUAAGUGCUGUAUGAUUAUAAUGCAGAGUGCCAAUUGUAAGUUUCCUGGAGCAUAUUUUGUACCACAGUCAAUUCAUAUCAAAGAAUAGGGAAGAUAAGGAGAAGGGGUGGGAGGAAGCUAGGAAUCAUGGGAUAGGAGGAGGAAGAGGAGGUUGACAAUAAGAAGGAUGGAAACAGAAUCUGAAUGAGAAGGAAUGUAAGAGGGAGAUCAGAAAGGCACCAUAUGGCGACCUUACAUCAAAUUGAGUUUGUUAGACAUAGGUGUUUAUGUAGGUGUAUGUAGCUUGCUGCACGGUCACCGAACACAAGUUGCCAAAUUGGUAAUUUUUACUGCUAGUGAAGUCGCCAAACUUUUUUUGCCUCUUGCUAUGUUGACCAAAAUAGUCGCAGCUUAGACAAUAUAACAGUGUCAUCAAAAUCAUUUUAGCAGUAAAAUUGUGGAGCUUGAAACUUUAGUUGAAAAGGAUGCAUAUCCUAAGUAAUCAUCCUUUGCAAUUGGACAAUCGUCCAGUAAGCUAAUUCAAAAGCAGACUUGUCACCUUCAUUAUGAGGGUACCUUUUCUUUUUUUCUUUUCUUUUCUCAGGGCAAAUAUUUCGCACCUUUUACACGUACGAUGCAGUGCACAUCAACGAAAGUUUUGUUGCUAAUAACACUGCCAUUGUUCUUCGUCCCAAGAAAAGUGAGUGUAAUGAUAGAUGUAAAUUUUUUUCAUUUCUAAGAACACUGGAAAAAUAAUCUCUGAAUCCUUUUGUUUUGGUCUCCGGGUUUGAAGUCUAACGAGGAGCGUGAUUAUGAUUGUCUUGGAUUUUUUUUUUUUUUUUUUUUUUUUUUUACAUCCACUUUCUGGAUCAUAAACACAUUCUCCUUUGCCACAGAUUGUGUUGGUGCCAAAACUUGUGCAGAAUGCAUGGAAGCAAGAAAAACCACCGAGUUCCAUUGCACCUGGUGUAGCACCCUUAAACAGUUAGUACAUUACCCUGUUUUUACUCCUGGGAGAAAUACUAUGAGAAUAUUUGAAGGCUUUGGUAAAGGUCAAUUUAACUCAUUACCGUUGAUAGAGCCGUAAAAAUCAGAACGAUCUAUAGAUUCACUGUACAUCACGCUCAUCGUUAGGUCACCACGCUUCAUUUUAUAUGAGACUCUUGUAACCUGUUAAGAAGCCUGUAACAUUGAAUCAAAGGUUUUCCUGUGCUCUUCUUGCAUUUAACUGUAUCUGUUUCUAUUUUUUGCUUUUUUUUAUAGAUGCUCCGAUGGUUUUGAUCGCUAUCGCAGCGAGUGGCUAGGAGCGGACUGCAACAAAUCAGACAUUACUCAAGUAAUAACAGUUGAGACCAUUAUUUUUUCUGAACUUCACUGUUCUCCAUUCGAGAGCUAAGAUUUGAUGGAGUUAGAAGCUUUGUGUUAUGAGAAUGCAUUUGACUCAAUCAAUUUUACUUUCGCUGUACUUUCGGUUUAAAAACCUGCCCACUUUACCCAGCUAGUCUAUCCAGAGCUGAUUUACACGGUUGGGAUUGUUCUCUAAAAGAUGAAUUUAAAAAGUGUAUUGAUAAGCUUUUAUUGUUUUACAUAGGCAGAAAAUUGUGCCAUUCAAAAGGAGAAGCAGGAGCAAGAGCGAGAGCAAGAGUCGACCUCAGGCCUCGCUCCUUGGCUUAUAGCUGUCAUCUCUGCAUGCGCAAUAGCACUGAUUAUUCUUGGGGCGUGGCUGGUUUAUGCAUUCACUCAUCCCAACUCUAGAUCAGGAUUGUGUCUCAUUCAGGUAAGGAGAUCGCUACUAUUAUACACUGUUAUAGAUUUAUUUAAUCCUGAAUCAUGUGCAGACCAUCUAGUGGUAGCCUUUCCUAGAUUUUUGGUCAGAAAGGACAUGAGGCAAACGCCGUUCGUUCGUUCUACUGCCCGUCUUUGUUGAUCGAGACGGGUAAAGGCUAAGCGAGAAAUGUUGUUUGUAGCCCUGAGAGGAUAGCAAUAAAGAAAUUGAAGAAACUCCCCUCACUGUAUCACCACUGCACCAAAAAAUUUACCUCUUCAGAAGAAAGGAAUUCAAAGCCAUCUAAAGUUACAGCUGUAUCGCUUGGCAAACAUUAAGUGCUGUCAUUUACUGUUUUUAAGAGCAUGGGUUAUGGUCUAACCAACCGCCAGGUAGCUCAGGUAAUAGUGCGCCGGCCUGUCGUGCAGAAGGUCGAGAGUUCAAGCCCAAGAUCGGACUGAUACUCAGGGUUUUAAAAAAACUGAGGAGAAUAUGCUGCCUUUACUAUGACAUCCACAAGUGGAUGGGGACGAUGAACCAUAGGCCCCGUCUUCUGCAUCCUUUUGGCAGCGGUUAGUAGGGGAUGUUUAAGAACCCACGCACUUCUUGCAAAGAGUAGGGAACGUAGCUUUUCAGUGGUGUUGUGGUCUGAUCUUGGUCUUAAAAUUAGGAGCAUCUACCAAUAUUUCCUGCUCAACACAGUCCAGGGCAAAGUCCCCCGCAAAGUGUUGUAAAGCGCCAUGGGCUAAUGGAUAUGGCGCUUCGGAAAUCCUUUAUUAAUAUAAUGUAUAUUACAAUUCAUUACUGUUUCUGAAAGAGGCUUUUCUCUCUUACAGUGCGGCCCUGGAAGGUGUUUCAAGAAAGCGCCGGAUAGGAAUGAAAACCACUUUCCAACGGAUUCUUCUGUGUAUAACAAGGUCGUCUUUUAAUCCUUUCCAAGAAAUUUUGGACUUUUACAUUAGGAAAGUGUUUGAAUGUCUUAACAAACCAGACGACACGUUUCUGGUCACUUUCGAUGAAACGAAAAACGUUAAGUUUGAUUUUCAUAAAUGCACUGAAAACAAUUUACUUUUCGCUCCUUGAAUCUUUAAGAGCGAAUUGCAUUUGGCUUUGACUGUUUUCAAAUCUGGUUAAAGCUCUUCUACUCCGCUUUAGCUUUCCACUAGUCUUUGUGGUCGUAUCAAAAAUUGUCUAUUGUUAACCUGUAUUUUUUACCUAUCAUCCAUUUGUUAAGAGUAAUUUAUAGAUAAUUUUAUGCAUCCAGGUUUAUUACAGGCCAGUGAAUUAUAAGCUUGUGUGAAACAUGUUGACUUUUUGACGAAUUCCAGUUGCACCAAUUUCGUUCAUCACUUUUUGUUAAUAGCAAUAUCCAAAUUGUGUCAAUACCUAUUUAACCUCAAACGCGUCCUUCUGUUUCAGUCAUCCAUGAAACUUGACUUUUUGACUGAAACUUUACUAGCAACUUUGUGAAUUCUCAAGGCAUAUAUGCAACACGUUUGCACUAGUCACAAGAAUAUUAUUCGCAAUUGUACAACUUGCUGGUACCUUAUACUCUAACAGGGCCAGGUGGUUGUAAAGUAAGAACUGCUUUGAAUUCCAGUGUCUCAGUAGUAUUCAAUCCUCUCUCAAACUCGAAUCUCUGUAAGUUUGAACGAGUGCUAGCUUGAUUUCCAUCAAUGCCAGAUGCACGUUGUUUUAUUGGUGCAACCCCAAACUGAAAGGCUAGGUCGCUUCUCGAAAAAAUCCAUCUUCAAAAUGGAAGACUAGAAAUCUUCGACCUUGGUUCUGCUUUUGUCCUCUCUGUUAAAUACAACGUCCGAUACGUUUUCCAUCUCGCCAAACUAAUAGUUAAGUAUAAAUAUACUUGAGUUCUAUCACAAUUGCAGCAGUCUGAUUGCCUUUCCUACUGGCCAACUAUUCUGUGAUAGAGAGCGAAGAGAGUAGAAUUACUGCGUGUAGUUGUAAACAAAAUUAGAAUAAAAUAAAAACAUGAGCCU